AUGAUACUGGUUCUAGGUAUCUUCUGGAAUGGGUUAAUCACGGAACAACAACUACGAAUUAAACGGUCAUCUAUUCUCAGUACUCUUAAAUACCAAAUAUUUAAUAAUAAAAUAGUUAUCGAAUACCAAUCGUUUACCAUUAUCCAUCUUUCCCUCUCGCAGGAUCGCGCCACUCCGUUGUUCAUUGCCGCCCAAAAUGGUCACAACGCUGUUUUGAAGCUUCUGCUAGCGGCCGGUGCCCAACCGGACACCCCUCGGAACGACGGUGCCACUCCGCUGUGGAUUGCCUCCCAGAUGGGUCACGAUCACAUCGUUAAAAUGCUUCUCCUGCAUGGAGCCUACGUGGAUGCCGUUCGUUGCGACGGAGCCACGGCACUCUUCAAAGCCGCCCACAAAGGCCACAGUUCGGUGGUCCACGAGCUGCUCAAAUACCGUCCGAAUCUCGGUCUGAUCCCGAACGGUGAAUCGGCCCUGCAUGCCGCGGCCCUCUUCGGUCAUCUGCCGAUCGUCAAACAGCUAGUUGCUGCCGGAGCCGACGUCAGCCUCAAGAACCAGGAAGGGAUGACCCCGCUGCAGAUCGCCCGACAGCAAAAGUAUCACUCCGUCUAUCAGUAUCUGAAGGAUCGCGAACAUUAUCUGCGGCAUCAGAGCGCGGCCGUGGGUGGUGGGGGCGGUGGUAAGGGUAUGGUGACUGUUAUGUCCGGUGCGGGAACUACCGGUGGGAGCAGCGUGGUCGCAAUAAAAAGCUAGGCGGAGGAGUCCGUUGCCGACGAUGGCGGCGGCGGCGGCAACAACAAUAAUAACGCUAGUUGAGAAAAGUAAAAUCUGUGUUGAAUUUGGGGCUGUCAUUGGUAAGGGUAUGCGAUAUGCAGAUGAAGCCACCGCGGCUGAAGUAAGGUAAGGUCAUUCCACUCAAAUUUGAGGUUGACAUAUCGCAUACCCCUAGUAAUUAGUGCAUGCUUCGAACCGAAUCCGGUCCCACACAGUGAGCGUGACAGCCAGUGUCUCUCGAAAUAAUGUCGUUAAAGCUAGUUUAUAACGUGUUUGUUAGGAUUGUUUUGCCUUUCUCGAACGCCUUGCACGCAUUCGCGCUAUGCCAUUGUCAUCGUCGUCGUCGUCGCCGUCGCUGUCGCUGUCGUAUAUAAUGUAUUCAAUGCAACACAACAGAUUAGAAAUUAGACUAACAAAUUAGAGGUAUAAAGCAGUAAAAAAAUAUGUGCGAGGGGAAUUCCCCUCUCGCACAGUCACAGUCAGUGAUUGAGAUGUGGCGCUCUGUGGAGAUUUGUUGUUCUUUUUUUGCUCAAAAGAAAUCAAUAAGUGCAUAAAACUAGCAGAUUAGAGAUGUAGGAUAGGAUAGACGACAGUAGAAAACGGCUUUCGUUGUGCGCGGAACGAAAGUUGUGGGGGCACAGCUUGUGAUCAGCAGCGAUGAAAGUUUUUCGGAAACAGGUAAGAGAAAUGGGCAAAAAUAUGAAGGUAAAAUCAUAAUCUUAAUCAAAUGUCAAAACAUUUAAUUAUUGAUUAACAAAUGAGACGAGGGCAGAUCGUUAAUUUGUCGGAGAGCGUGUGCGCAUGCUGGGCAGGAUGUGAUUCAGGAUGGUAUGCGGAAACACAGGUCACAUUUUAAUUUUAUCUUUAUUUGUUGAAGCAUUGCCUUAUUUGGAACCAAAUUUAGUAUAUUAGUACUUAAAAAUCUUUGUUGGAGCUGAACAAAGAUCAUAUAAUUUAUGUUGUGAUAAAAUGUAUAUGAAAACGCUAGUGGUGGUUAAGAUAUUACUCCAGAGAACCAGUAGGAAAGUCCUGUAAAGUUUUCUUUAGAAAUUCUUCUGGUACUUCUAUUAAAAUUUUUUCCAGAGUUUACUUCAGAAAUUCUUUUAAAGAAAACACCACAAAUUUUCCAAGGAUUCCUUAAUAAAAUCUUCUAUGAAUUCCUUCCAUGAUCGUUAGACACUAAAAAUUCGGUCAUAAAAUCUUUGAUGAUUGUUUUCAGAAAUUAUUCCAGCGGUGUUUUUUUUUAUAUUUUCUACCAGGUACUUCUGAAAACAUUAUUGAAGAGGAUUUCCUUUAGAUAUUGCAGUAAGAAUUCAGGAAUUACUUCCACUAAGAAUAUUUUUAGACAACUUUCCGAUAAUUCCUCAAGUCUACUGGAGAUUACUUUAGAAAUUCUUUUAAAGACUCAUUCAGCAAUUAUUUUGAUGAUUCUAUCAGAAAUUAUAUCAGUGUUUUGUUCAGGACAUCAUCCAGGGAUUCCAUUGUAAAUUCAUACAAGAAUAUCCCCGGGAUUUUUUUAGAGAUUCAUUCAGAAGAUUUUGCUGGGAUUCGUCCAGAGAUUCUUACAUUACUAAUUCCAUUGAUUUCAACAGAAAUUUCUCCAAAGAUACCUGUAGAAGUUCAUACAGAGAUUAUUUCACUCGGAACUUCGCCACGGAAUCUACACGGUGUUCAAUAAGUUCGGAUACACAGUAAAAUAGAAUUUAUUUCCCGUAUGUAAUUCAGUUUUGCAAAGUGAAUCAAAUACAGUAUAUGUUUUGAAAUAAACUGUCCUUUAUCCUUUUGUAAUUAUUGCAAAUGUGUCUCAAGUUCCUUUCGGCCGGCACGCACGUCUGUCAUUGGUAUUUCGUCUAGUUUUUAUUGAGUAAUGGUGUUAAGUUAAAUCAAAUUAGGUUGUUGUCCUCAGCAUUAGUGGUAGCAACUAUGGCCAUACGAAAUAAUCUAUAAGAUUCAGAUUGGGUGAAGUACCAACUCAUUUUAAUUUGAUCUUUAAAAUUGCUAAAAUUGCCGCUGCACCUGUUUUAUUGAUUUUUGUUUUGUCAAAAAGCAAGGCUGCGUUAUAUCUCAGUUUAAUCCAUAGUUAUCUUUUCCAAAACUUGAUUAUAUCCCUAUUGUGGCAAAUUUGAACCAAAAUUGGCUUUAUAUAAUGUAUUUAUGCCUUUUUCAUAGAUUUAAGCACAUUUUGACUAAACUUGCAAAUUUAUGACCAUAUCAUCACUGUAAUAGCAGUGUAAAGCUUUUGUCUAUUAAUUUAGUUAUUUUAAUUUAGUAUAGUGAGAUGUAAACUCAAAAGUCAACAUUUUAGACUUCUGUAGCUUGAGCAACUUAUCGAAAAUUAUUGCAGCGUGCUGGAGCUUAUAAACUUUAGAUACAACUAAGGCUUAUAAAAAAAAGUAGGAAAAGACUUUAUUCAAAACCAUAUGCUAUAUUUGAUCAGUGUUAUAUGACCUUUCAAUAAAUACAUUUACUUUGAAAAUCUGAAUUACAGAUGUGAAAUUAAUUCAAGUUAUAUGGUGUAUCCCAACUUAUUGAACACCGUGUAUAAGAAAUUUAUUCAGUUCUUUUUCAGAAAUAGUUUCUAGAAAUUUCCACAGAAAUUAAGAAAAAGUAAGAAAAAAAUCUCAAGAGAUUAUUGUUUAGGUAUUUCUCCAGUUAUCCCUACAGAAGUUCCUUCAGAAAUACGUUCCACUUCCAGAAAAUCCCCGAUUUUUUUCAAAUAAAUUCUCAAAUAAUACUUCUUAUGAAUUUCACCAUCAGUUUGCCCAAAAACUUUAUCCGGAAUUUCCAAGAAUGUUUUCAAAAAAUGCCGCCCUGGAAUCCUUCAGUAAUUUCCCUGGGGUUCUCCAGAUUAUCUUCCGGGGAUUGUUCCAAGAAUGCCUUCAGAACAUUCUGCAGGAAUUCGGCUGGCGAUUUUUCAGAAAUUCCUUUAGGAAUUCAAUUGCAAAUUUCUUUACCGGUUUCUUCUGGAAAGCAUGUGGAAAAUUUCUUCAGGAAUUUUAGCAAAAGUUCAAUAGUUCUUUCAUGGAUUAUGUCAGAUUAUUUUCAGGAAUUCUUCAGUAGAUUUCCAGAGAUUUCUUCGAAAAUCCUUUCAAGGGCUCUCCAGCGUUUCCUUGAUAAGUUUCUUAAGAGAUUUCUGCAGAAUAUCUUACAAAACAUCAUUUGGAAAUGGUUGCUGUGAUUCCGUCAGAAAUAUUUCUUGAGAUUACAGGAUUUUUUUCAGAUAUUUUUUUUUUUGAAGUUGUUCCAGAAAUCGCAUAAGAAACCCCUGAACGAUAUUCCAAAGGGAUCCCUGAAAGAUGUGCUGAAGGAUUUCUUGGUAGAGCUCUUGGAGAUUCUUCUGGAGAUUCUCAGAAGAAAUCCUAGAUAAUUUUCUGGAGGCAUUCCUGGAUAAAAUUUCCUGAAGCAACUUCUGAAGUAAUAGAGAAAUAUCAAGAGGAUUAAGACUGCGUGAAGGAAAAAAAAUGAGUCUGGAAAAGUCGAGGAGAAAUUCUUAGAAGCAAUUCUAAAGGAACCCUUAAGAAAUUAUUAGAGGAGUCUCUGAAUUUCCUUAGAACUCCUCUAAGAAAGUUCCCAUUAGUUUUCUCAGAAAUACCUACAUAUAUUCUUUCAGAAAAUCUUCCAGGGAUUGUUUAGUAAAAUUUUCUGGAAAUUCUUACAGAAAUUCUGUAUGAGAUUCCUCCAUAAAUUGGUCCAAGGAACAAUUUUAAGAAAUAUAGUAAAUGGAUUCAGUCGCAUAAUCAAGCAAGGUAUUUUUUCAGAAACUCCUCCAGCGGUUUCUUCGAAGAUUUUCCAGAAAUUCUUUAGGAAAUUUCCCCAGGGCUUCCUUCAGAUAUUUCCUAGAGGUUUUCUCCAGGAAUUUCUCACUGAAUUCUCAAGGUAGAUUUCAUGGAUUCCGUGAAACUCCACCAGGGAUUACUUUAGAAAUUUUUCAAAGAUUUUUUUCACAUAGUUUCCUUUUUAUUUUCUCCAAAGUUCCUUCACAUGGCAUGGCAUAGCAUAGCAUAAAUACUCGCAAAAAUUUUGGAUGGAGUAGUAUAGUUGAAUAUUUCCAUUGACCUCCUGAUAUCGCUACUAUCUACAAUGUCUCGGGCCUAUCAGUUCGACACCCCUGACCAAGUGCUUCAAGCAAUAUUUUUUUGAUGAAAUGAGAAGAUAUUAAAUAGAAUUUUCUCCAACGUUCCUAGAAAUUUAUUAAGGAACCCCUACAUAAAGCUUUUCUUGGAUUCCAUGGCUUCCUUUAGAAAAUCCUGCAGAAGUUUCUUUCAGAAAGUCUUCCACGGGUUGUUUGGCAUGUUUCUAAGAACAUUUUCCUUGGAAUGCUUUAGAAAUUCCUAUUGAAUUUGUCUAAUACAUUUUUUCAGAAUUUUCCCUUGGGGAUCCACAAGUAAUUCUCCGAGAAUUCGUUUAGGAAAGCUUUCAUGAGUUUCCUCAGAAAUAUUCCCAUAUAUUCUUUCAGAAAUCCGUAAAAGACCUCUUCCAGAAAAUGAAAUCGUCCACCGAUUCCUGCAGAAGUGCUUCCAAAAGAUUAGGAUUUCUCCAAAAAUUUCACCGAGGAAUUUCAUUAGAAUUUUUUCCACGUACUCCUACAAAAACUUAUCCAUAGAUACCUUCAGAAAUUCUUCCAGGGAUCUUAUUAGAUAUUUCUCUGGAAAUUCCAUCAGAAAUUUGUGGGCUUCGUGGCCGUGCGGUUAGCGGCGGCAGUCGUCUAGGCGUAUCGUAAGCCUCGGAGUGUGGGUUCGAUUCCCGCUUCAGUCGGUGGAAACUUUUCGUCAAACGAAAAAUUCAUCACUGGGCCACUGGGUGUUCUGUGUUGUCCGUUGUCUAGUGUAAGUAAUGUGUUCAGUCUGUGCAGCCUCCGGCUGAAGACGGUGUGAAUUGUCUUUAAAAAAAAAAAAAAAAAAAAAAAUUCUGAUUCAGAUUUCUAUUCCAUGGAUUCUCUCCUAUCGAAUCUAUUCUAUCCCUUCUUAAAUUGCAGAAUGAAUUCGUGCAUAAAUUACUCAAGGAGAUCGGUCUCAUAACCCACCAAGGUUUUAUUUUUCAGAUACUCCUUCAGCGGUUUCUUCAGAAGAUUUUUCAGAGAUUCUUUGAUAAAUUUUCAGAUGAUUCCCUCAAGAUUUACACCAGAAAUUUCACAAAGAAUUCUUUUAGGAAGAUUUCCAUGGAUUCCUUCUGAAAGUCCGCCAGGGGUUACUUCGGAAAUAUUUCUAGAAAUUCGCUUUGAAACCCCUUCGGAAAUGUUUCCAGGGAUUAUCCUAACAGAGAUUUCUUCAGAUUUUAUUUUAAAGAUCUGUUUCUUAAAUUCUACAAGUGACUUUUGUUCAUAAAAUCUUCCAGAGAUUCCAUCUAAAUUUUGUGUAGGUAUUUUUUUCAAAAAGUUUACUAGAAGUUUGUUCUAUAAUGGUCUAGGGAUUCCAAUAAAAUUCUCAUAGGAAUGUAUCUAGGUUCUUUUUUCAAGAAUUUAUCCAGAAAAUCCCGCAGGAAUUCCUCCAAUUAUUCUUGCAUUAUCACUUUCAGUGAUUCAAGCACAAAUUUCUUUGGAGAUCUGCAAAAAUCUUAAUACAAAUUUUCCUCUAUAAAUUUCCACAGAAUUUUCCCCAGCAUUUCCUUUAAGGAAAACUAUGAAUUCAUCCAUGAAAUCUUCAAGGAAUUUAUUCAGAUAUAUUUCUUAGAAAUUAAUACAUGAAUUACUUCAGAAACAUGUCAAGAGUUUCAUCUAGGGAUCUUCACAGAAGCUUAUCUAGGCGUUUCUCAAGGCAUUUUAAGAGGAACUCGUUCGGAGAUACGUUCACAGAUUGCUCCAGGAAUACAUUUAGAAAGUGCACAAAAAUAUUCGAGGAUUUCUUUAGGAAUUUUUCUAAAGAAAUCCUCAACACAAUUUUCUAGGAAUCCCACCGAGGGUUUCCCUAGGAGUUUCUCUAGGUAUUUCUUCAGAAAGUUCCUCGGAAACUCCUCCUAAAAUUGAUCCCAAAAGUAUUCUUGUUUUUUUUUCGGAUAUUCCUCUAGUGAUUCAAUCAAUAGCACUUCCUGAAGUUUCCGCAGGGAUUUUUCAGAAACUGGUUCAGGGAUUCUUUCUGAAAAUCCUGUUCGGAGUGCUUCUCUGAGAUUCCUUCAAUGAUUUCUUCGAAAAUAUCUCCAGCGACUUUUUCAAAGCCUAAGAUUUCUUUAGGAAUAUCAGCCAGAGAUUUCUUCAUAUGGAUUUUUAAAUAAAUUCCUCUAAGAUUCUCUACAGUGAUUCCUUCGGAGUUUCUACCAGGUAUUCCUUCGAAAAUUGCUAGGGGAAUUCCUGCAGAAAUUUGUACAUAUCUUUGGAAAUUGCUUCCACGUCGUAUCGAGUGUUUGCUCCGGCGAUUCUGUCAGAAAAAUCGACUGGGAAUUGUCAUUGAUUCCUGCAGAAAUUCCUCCAGCUAUUCGUACAGGGAUUUUUUUUCAGAAAUUCUUCUGGGAAUUUUACAAAAAAUACCAGGAGAAUUCUUGACACGCCCUUGAAGGAAUUUCUACAGAAUUUUCUGGAGAACUAUCUUUAGAAAUCCCUUCAAAAAACUCCAGGUAUUACCUUUGAAGAUUCCUGCAAGAAAUUCUUAUAAAAUUUCUGGACGAAAAAUUCUGAAGCAAUUUCUUAAGUUAUCGCAGAACGAUUUCCUGGUUGAUUGUCUAGGAGAAUACUUUAUAAAACUCCUCAAAAUACAUCUUUUGAAAAAAUAUGGGACAUUUCUGAGAGCUCUGAAAGUUAUUCCACGGAAAAAAUGCUUGAGACAUUUUUGGAUGAAUUCUUUGAGAAAUCUAUAAAGCAAUUUCUGAAUUUUUGCAGGAUUUUUUGAAAAAAUAUCUGAACGAACUGGAGAACUCUGUGAAGGCAAUCACAGACUUUUUUUAAUGCCGAGGAAUAGAUUGUGCAAUAUUUGCUGAAGUUGCUGAGAGGUUCUACGGAGAAAUUUCGGAAGCAUCACUGGUAAAAUUUCUUAAAUAAUUCCAUAAGAAUAGCAUGCAUAAAUUCUAAGCAAUCCAUGAUGGAAUUUCUGGAGAAACCCAUGGAGUAACUUCCACAAGUAGAGUUUUCAAGAUGAAUAUCUUAAAAAAAAACACCAGGGAGAAUACCUAAAUAGAUGGUAUGAAAGAUUCAACCAAGGCAAAUUUCCACAUUUUUUUUUCUGAAAGAGUUCGUGGAAAAUUUUAUGAAUUCCCAAAGAAAACCACAGACAAAUCUCUAACAGAAUCUCCAAAUCUUUGUGAAAAAAAUAAAAAAGUGGAAGAAUUUCAGCAAAAUUUUAGAAGAUUUUCUUGCAAACGUUUUAAAAGACUUUUUAAAGAAAUCCUAAAGAAAAACUCCUGUAGGAAAUAACGAUAGUAUUCCUGAAGGAAUUGCUACACAUCAUACUUAAGGAGUAGCCGGCAGAGGGGGUAUUUUCGGCCUUGGCAGUCUUUUAACGGCAGCAAAAACGGCUAUUGCAUUGUA